CGGCCUUGGGAGGAUGGAUGGUGUUCCUCUAGAAGGGAGAGACCACGAAGCGACUCGUGAGAGAGCGCGUCAGAGAAGCCCAGACAGCGAGUGGCACGCCUGUGUACCUAGUUCCCUGAGAGAGCUUAAAGCCUGAAAAAUCCACCAAGGGCUGUGGGCUUCUCCUCAUUCGUCGGCCUCAACCCAUAGUGAGAUUCUCUGUGCUUGCUGUACUCGGAUGUACCAGCUCCCAUGAGCCUUUCAGCGAAGAGGGCACACAAGGCAGAGUGGAAAACAUGGUCCUUCUGCUGUGCAGGAGCAGAGCUGUCAAGGCCUGGGUCAGCUCUCACAGGCCUUUCAGUGAAGCAUGAAUGAGAGGACACUUUUGCCAGCCACCACGGUGCACACCAGGAAGGCUUCCAGGAGAGUUUUGAGUUUCAGCGAAAGACACCAGAAAUUAGUAGAUGAAAAUUACAACAAAAAAUUGCAUGUUGAUGCUUUAAAAAAGAUAGAGAAACAAGUCAACGAUGAAAUCAUGCGUUAUCAAAAUGAUGACCGUAUUGAGCAGAAGAGGUUCCUCAGACUAUUACAGAACCAACAAUUUGAGUUGGAUAUGGAAGAGGCAAUUCAAAAGGCAGAAGAAAACAAAAGACUGCAGAAACGCCAGCUGGAACAAGAAGAAAAAUUGGCUCUAGAAUUGGCAAAACUAAAACAUGAAAGUCUAAAGAAUGCAAAGAUGAGGCAACAAGUAAGAGAGAACAGUUUUGAAAUCAGAGAACUGGAGAAGAAAUUAAAAGCAGCUUAUAUGAAUAAAGAACGGGCAGCUCAGAUUGCUGAAAAGGAUGCCAUUAAAUAUGAACAAAUGAAACGUGACGCUGAAAUAGCCAAAAUCAUGAUGGAAGAACACGAGCGAGUAAUAAGGGAAGAGAAUGCUGCAGAGGAUAAACGAAAUAAAGUGAAGGCACAGUACUAUCUUGACUUAGAGAAACAACUUGAAGAACAAGAAAGAAAAAAACAGGAAGCUUAUGAGCAGUUGCUGAAAGAAAAACUCAUGAUUGAUGAAAUUGUCAGAAAAAUCUAUGAAGAAGAUCAAUUGGAAAGACAACAAAAAUUGGAAAAAAUGAAUGCAACUCGAAAGUAUAUAGAAGAGUUUCAGAGAGAGCAGGCUCGCUGGAGAGAAAAAAAACGUGAGGAAAUGGAAGAAGAAAAUAGGAAGAUCAUCGAGUUUGCCAACAUGCAGCAACAAAGAGAAGAAGAUCGGAUGGCAAAAGUUCAAGAAAGUGAAGAAAAAAGGAUACAGCUGCAGAAUACACUGACCCAGAAAUUGGAAAAAAUGCUGCAGCAACGUGAAGAUUUGGAACAAUUGCGGCAAGAAUUAUACCAGGAAGAGCAAGCUGAAAUACAUAAGAAUAAACUAAAAGAAGAAGCAGAAGAAAAAUUGAGAAAACAAAAAGAGUUGAAGCAAGACUUUAUUGACCAAAUGGCACUGAAGGAACUAGUACUCCAGGCUGCAAAAGAGGAAGAGGAGAUCUUCAGGAAAGCUAUGCUAGCCAAACUUGCUGAGGAUGAUCGAAUAGAACUAAUGAAUGCUCAGAAACAAAGAAUGAAGCAACUGGAACACAGGAGGGCUGUAGCAAAACUUAUUGAAGAGCGUCGCAACCAAUUCCUUGCAGACAAACAACAUGAAAUAGAAGAAUGGCAGUUGCAGCAAAGAAGACAAGGAUGUAUUAAUGCAAUUAUUGAAGAAGAAAGGGUAAAGCUUCUCAAAGAACAUGCUACAAAGCUACUAGGAUAUCUCCCCAAAGGAGUAUUCAAAAAACAGGAUGAUAUUGACAUGCUUGGUGAAGAAUUUCGGAAAGCUUACCAGAGAAGUGAAAAUGGUGAAGAGAAGUGAUACGAAAGUUUGGUAAAACCUGGAUUCUUUCUCAAGUCACCAGUAGAUGUCAGUGUAACUUUUGUUUCACCGUUCAGUGAUAUUAAGAUUCCCUCUAUUAGGAUUUCCUAAAAUAUCCAUUGGAAUAUUAAAUUGUUUCCUAAUAAAUAGAAUUCCUUUUGCUCAUACUAUUGUUUUUGUACAGGUAACCUAAAAAGCUGAGUUUUCACAUCCCCCAGACUUACUACAGUAUGUCAUAAAUAUAAAAUACAGGCCAAAACCACCAAGAGACUAACUUCUUCACACUCACCUACUGUCCAAAAGUUUC